CCUGCAUCAAGGAGCGCGAUUAGUUAGUUGUCCUAGCAGAGGCGUGGUUGCGUGCAGUGUCCAAUCAGCGCACUGCUUGUAUGGCGCACUAGCAAAUCUGCACGCUGGAUGAGAGGUAUUUCAAAAAGGGUAGGAUAGAAAAUAUAGCUCUGUAAACAGUAUCUAGCAUACUAGCCAAACACGAAUCUGCUCUGCAUAUCAGCACGAAAUAUUUGCUCAGACAGAUAGUUAAACAAAUCAACUCGCAAUGGAUACCGAAGCCAAACCCAGAAAGCGAAACUACACAGAGGAAAAGUCCGCUUCAGAGCCUUCAGACGAUGAUGACUAUGUGCCAUAUGUUCCUGUUAAGAUUAGAAAACAACAGUUGUUGCAGAAGAUGAUGCGUUUCCGAGGCAAGGGUUUGACAGAGGAGGACCAGAAGGACAGCGGAGGAGAACAGAAGGAUGAGGACGAGGGUCUCGGGCCACGCUCCAACGUCAGCCUGCUCGACCAGCACCAGUACCUGAAGGAGAAAGCCGAGGCCCGGAAGGAGUCAGCAAAGGAAAAGCAGCUGAAGGAGGAGGAGAAGAUUCUGGAGAGUGUGGCUGAGGGCCGAGCUUUAAUGUCUGUCAAGGAGAUGGCAAAAGGUAUCACCUAUGAAGACUCUAUUAAGACCAGCUGGAAAGCUCCUCGUUACAUAUUGAACAUGCCCAUAGUGAGGCAUGACCGGGUGAGGAAGCGGUACCACAUCCUGGUGGAGGGCGACGGUAUCCCUCCGCCCAUUAAGAGCUUCAGAGAGAUGAAGUUUCCUCAAGCAAUUCUGAAAGGUCUUAAGAAGAAAGGAAUUGUGCAUCCAACCCCCAUCCAGAUCCAGGGAAUCCCGACUAUUCUUUCUGGCAGAGAUAUGAUUGGCAUUGCGUUCACGGGCUCAGGGAAGACUCUGGUGUUCACUCUACCCAUCAUCAUGUUCUGUCUGGAGCAGGAAAAACGCCUGCCCUUCUGCAAGAGAGAAGGACCCUACGGACUCAUCAUCUGUCCUUCUAGGGAGCUGGCGAGGCAGACGCAUGGCGUCAUCGAGUACUAUUGCAAGCUCCUGGAGGAUGAGAGUGCGCCUCAGCUGCGCACUGCCCUCUGCAUCGGGGGCAUGUCCGUCAAAGAGCAGAUGGAGGUGGUCAAGCACGGCGUACACAUGAUGGUGGCCACGCCGGGCCGUCUAAUGGACCUGCUCAAUAAGAAGAUGGUGAGUCUGGAUAUCUGUCGAUACCUGGCACUGGACGAGGCUGACCGGAUGAUCGAUAUGGGCUUUGAGGAGGACAUCAGGACCAUCUUCUCUUAUUUUAAGGGUCAGAGACAGACGCUGCUCUUCAGCGCCACCAUGCCCAAGAAGAUCCAGAACUUCGCCAAAAGCGCUCUGGUCAAACCCGUCACCAUCAACGUGGGCCGAGCCGGUGCUGCCAGCUUGGACGUCAUUCAGGAAGUGGAGUAUGUCAAAGAGGAAGCAAAAAUGGUGUACCUUCUGGAGUGCUUACAGAAGACACCACCUCCCGUGUUAAUAUUUGCUGAGAAGAAAGCAGACGUGGACGCCAUCCAUGAGUAUCUGCUCCUCAAAGGUGUGGAGGCAGUGGCGAUCCAUGGAGGCAAAGACCAAGAGGAAAGAACAAAAGCCAUCGAGGCCUUCAAGGAGGGAAAGAAAGAUGUUUUGGUGGCCACUGAUGUGGCGUCUAAGGGUUUGGAUUUCCCCGCCAUUCAGCAUGUAAUUAACUACGACAUGCCUGAAGAGAUUGAGAACUAUGUCCAUAGAAUUGGUAGAACGGGUCGAUCGGGCAAAACUGGAAUAGCCACAACGUUCAUCAACAAGGGAUGUGAGGAAUCAGUGCUGAUGGAUCUGAAGGCCUUGCUGGUCGAAGCCAAGCAGAAAGUUCCACCGGUUCUGCAGGUGCUCCAGACAGGGGACGAAGCCAUGCUGGAUCUUGAAGGAGAGAGAGGCUGUGCGUUCUGCGGCGGUUUGGGUCAUCGUAUCACCGAUUGUCCCAAGUUGGAGGCCAUGCAGACCAAGCAGGUUACCAACAUCAGCCGCAGGGACUGUCUGGCCAACAGCUCCAUGGACUUCUAAGGCUCUGGAUUUCCUCACUUUGUGGACGAGGAGCGACGAGAUCUUUCUGCGCGUGGUACUGGAAUGACGUGAGGUGCUGGUCGGGAGAAAAAAAAACAUCUCACAAAAGACCCGGGAAUUGCGAAUCAGCUGAACAUUAUUCCUGUGCAUUUUUGUUUUGUCUUUUGAACCGUGAUUAUGACUGGGUUUGUAAAAAUGUCCAUAUUAAAUGUCUGUCUUGUCACACACUUUA